GAUGACCUAUGUGGGACUGAGCCAGGUGGUGGUGAGGAACCUGUCGACAGGUGCCCGGGUCAUUCUGAAGUCAUAUUACGGAUAUGAGAUCGAGGAGGUGAAGAUACUGGGCAAAGACAGAUAUUUAGUAGCUCACACGUCAGACACGCUGCUGCUCGGAGACCUGCUCACCAACAAACUCAGCGAGGUGGCUUGGCCCGGGUCAGGAGGAAAUGAAAAGUUCUUCUUUGAAAAUGAAUCUGUGUGUAUGAUUUUUAAUGCCGGGGAAUUGAGUCUGGUGGAAUACAGCAACAAUGAGAUCCUUGGCUCAGUCCGGACCGAGUUCAUGAACCCUGACCUCAUCAGUGUGUGUCUGAAUGGGAGGAAGCGGAGUGGAGCCGAGGACAACAAGAAACUGGCCUAUCUCAUCGACCUUAAAACCAUUGCCAUCGUGGAUCUCAGAGGAGGGUGCACUCUGGCGACCAUCAGCCACGACUCCAAGAUUGACUGGUUAGAACUGAAUGAGACCGGGAAGAAACUACUCUUCACAGACAAGAAACUCAGGCUGCACUUGUUCGACCUGGCGUCCACUCUGAAGUGCACUCUUUUGGGCUUCUGUUCGUUCGUGCAGUGGAUCCCGGGCAGUGAUGUGGUGGUGGCUCAGAACAGAGCAAACCUGUGUGUGUGGUACAGCAUCGACAGCCCGAGAGGGGAUAUUGUGGAUCUGGAGCGCACUGAGGGAAAAACAAAUGUGAUCGUCUCUGAGGGUCUGAACACAGUCACGUACACUCUGGAUGAAGGCCUCAUCGAGUUUGGAACAGCCAUCGAUGACGGAGACUACGACCGAGCGACAGCGUUCCUGGAGACAUUGGACAUGACAACAGAGACCGAGGCCAUGUGGAAGACUCUGAGUAAACUAGCUCUGGAGGCGCGGCAGCUGCACAUCGCAGAGAGGUGUUUUGCUGCUUUGGGAGAUGUUUCUACUGUUCGAUUUCUUCAUCAAAUCAACCAAAUUGCAGACAAAGUAGAGAAAGAGAUGGGAGGAGAUGGCACGACAUAUUACCAGGUUCAAGCUAAAGUGGCCACUCUGGACAAGAACUUCAAACUGGCAGAAAGAUUCUACAUGGAGCAGAACGCUGUGGAUGAGGCCAUAGAGAUGUAUCAGGAGCUGCACAUGUGGGACGAGAGCAUCGCUGUGGCCGAGGCAAAGCGCCACCCGGAGCUGGAGAACUUGCGGAGGAGUUACAUGACAUGGCUCACAGACACGGCUCAGGACGAGAAGGCCGGAGAGGUGAAGGAGGCAGAAGGGGACUUCUCAGCAGCUGUGAACCUUUACCUCAGAGCAGGACUCCCAGCCAAAGCUGCCAGAGUUGCCCUCAGUCGAGCCGAAUUUAUCAACAACACAGAGAUGGUGAACCGCAUCACCAGCAGCCUCAUCAAGGCCGACUUUUACGAACGGGCGGGAGAUCUGUACGAACGGAUCAGGAACCACCAGAGGGCGCUGGAGUGCUACGUCAAAGGAGGAGCUUUCCGAAAAGCUGUGGAGUUGGCUCGCGGUUCCUUUCCCUCUGAGGUGGUGCGACUGGAGGAGUCCUGGGGAGAUCACCUGGUCCAACAGAAACAAAUGGAUGCAGCAAUAAACCACUUUAUCGAGGCUGGUUGCUCUAUUAAAGCCAUAGAGGCCGCCGUUGCCGCUCGUCAGUGGAAGAAGGCGGUUCAUAUUCUGGAGAUGCAGGAUGAUUCUGCGGCGGCGAAAUACUACGUGAAGAUUGGCCAGUACUACGCCUCAGUACACGAGUACGAGGUGGCAGAGCAAUUAUAUGUGAAAGGAGGACACAUUAAAGACGCCAUCGACAUGUUCACAGCUGCUGGGCGCUGGGAAGAUGCGCACAAGUUGGCGGUGAAGUGUAUGACUGAAGAGGAGGUCCGGGCAUUGUACGUCACUAGAGCUCAGGAGCUGGAGAGAGACAACAAGUUUAAAGAGGCUGAACGCUUGUAUUCGACAGUGAAGCAGCCGGAUUUGGCCAUCACGAUGUACAAGAAGAACCGAAUGUUCGACGAUGUCAUCAGACUCGUGGCCAAGCACCACCCAGACCUGCUGAGCGAGACCCACCUGCACCUUGCCAAGGAGUUGGAGUUAGAGUCUCGGUUCUCAGAGGCUGAGUAUCAUUUCAUGGAGGCUGGAGAAUGCAAGGCAGCAAUCAACAUGUACAGAGUCAAGAGCAUGUGGGAGGAGGCUCAUCGGAUUGCGAAGAGUCAGGGCGGCGCUAACAUACAGAAGCAGGUGACGUAUCUGUGGGCAGAGAGUCUGGGAGGAGAGGCUGCUGUCAAACUACUGUCUCGCUUCAGUCUGCUGGAGUAUGCCAUCGAGUCAGCCUGCAACAACCUGAGAUUCGAUUUUGCUUUUGAACUGGCCAAUCUUGCCGCCAAAGACAAGAUCCCUGAGGUGCAUCUGAAGACCGCCCUCUACCUGGAGGAUGAGGGCAAGUUUGCUGAAGCCGAAGCGGAAUUUAUAAAAGCAGGAAAACCCAGAGAAGCUGUGCUCAUGUACAUUCACACCAAAGACUGGUCGAGUGCUCAGAGGGUGGCAGAGACUCAUGAGCCUGACAGUGUGAAUGAGGUCUUAGAAUCUCAAGCCAAAGUCUGCUUCACUAAGAGGGACUUCCAGAGAGCAGAAACACUACUGCUGCGAGCCCAGAGACCGGACCUCACUGUGCAGUUCUAUAAGGAGGCUGGGAUGUGGAGUGAUGCCAUGAGGAUCUGUAAAGAGUAUCUCCCAAACAAACUGUCCAAACUUCAGGAGGAGUAUGAGCAGGAAGCCUCUCAGAAGGGCAACAAUGGAGUGGAGGCCAUUUUGGAGCAGGCUCGUGAGUGGGAGACGACUGGAGAAUAUUCCAGGGCCGUGGAUUGUUACCUCAAAGUGAAAGAUGACAAAAACAACAAACUGAUGGAGAGAUGCUGGAUGAAGGCGGCUGAACUCUCCAUAAAGUUCCUGAACCGAGAUCGAACAGUGGAAGUGGUACGGCUCGUGGGCCCUCGCCUCUCGAAGCUUCGACAGUUCAAAGCCGCAGCAGAGCUGUACCUGAACGUGGACCUGAUCAAAGAAGCCAUUGACGUUUUCAUCGAUGGAGAAGAGUGGAACAAAGCAAAACGAGUGGCCAAAGAGCUAGAGCCCACACUGGAGAAUUAUGUGGAUCAGAAAUACAAGGAGCAUCUCAAAAAACAGGGGCAAGUUGAGUCGUUGGCCGGUAUCGAUGUGAUGGCGGCGCUGGACUUGUACGCAGAGAGAGGCCAGUGGGACAAGUGCCUGGAGACCGCCUCCAAACAGAGCUUUAAGAUCCUACAUAAAUACAUCGCUCUGUAUGCGACCCAGCUCAUCAAAGAGGAGGAGCCUGUGCGAGCGCUGCAGCUGUAUGUCACACAUGGAGCUCCGCCCAAUGUGCAGAACUUUAACAUCUAUAAGCGCGUGUUUGUGGAUGUGGUGAGCCUCCCAGACACAGACUCAGCUGAGGCCUAUCGCGUUUGGGCCGACCUGCGUGACUUCCUGUUUCAGCUGUGUGAUAACGUCUCGAAAUCAGCCGAAGCGAACUCCCCAGUGCACUACGACUUUGAACAGAUGCUUUUGAUCGCUCAUUACUAUGCCACAAGAUCAGCAGCUAAAGGAGUCGAACAACUGUCGAGUAUCGCCUCUAGGUUGUCAGUGUCCCUCCUUCGUUACACUGAGAUGAUUCCUGCAGAUAAAGCGUUCUUUGAGGCCGGUACACACUGCAGGGCCGAGGGCUGGGACAGCAUGGCCUUUGUCUUCUUAAACCAUUUCCUGGAUCUCUGUAAUGCGAUAGAGGAGGGGACUCUGAAUGGACUGGAUCAUUCGGACUUCAUCGACACAGACAUUCCUUUUGAGGUUCCAGUGCCGAGCAAACUCUUUGUCUCUGAGGAGCAGAGGGAGCAGAUCAGAGACUGGGUUCUGAUGGUUUCUAUGGACCAACGUCUGGAGCAGGUUUUACCCAAAGACGAGAGAAACAGCUACGAAGCCUCACUCACCUCCUCCUCCACCGGGCUCACCUCUCUGCCCUGUGUGCUUACCGGUUACCCAGUCCUAAGGAGCCAGGUGGAGUUCUCGUCAUCAGGAAGAGCUGCCAAUAAAGAUGACUGGAACAAGUUCCUCAUGGCCACCAAGACUUCACACAGCCCGGAGUGCCAGGAUGUUCUGAAGUUUUUGGGACAAUGGUGCGGAUCUCUCCCUGGAUCUGGAUUCUCUUUCCACUGACCACAACCUCCAGAAAAAAACACCUUCAAAUCCUUUAGUUUUAUAUACAAUUCUGCUCCCA